AUCAGGCUGGGGCUUAGGGGUUCCUUUGAAGUGGCUGCUCGCUUCCUUGAGCCAUGACACGGGCUAAAGGUUAACCGACACGUCCUCCGCGGCAGAGCGCUUUCUUUCCCCUUUUUUGGGGGGGAAGGGAGGAGGAGAGGCGAAGGGCGUUGCUCACACUCCUCCCUACCUACAGGCUCAGUGUGAUGUACAGUGCUGCUCAUGCUGAUGUAUUCCCCGCGUCGGAUUAUUUCCUAAUCAGACUCCAGCGCAGUGGCGAUAAGAGCAAGGCCGUUGCCUAGCUGGGAGGCUGCGCCGAGCUCCCGGAGCCGAGGGCCGAAGCGGCGGCGCCGGAGCUGUCCGCGGUCGGCGGGAGCUGUCCGCGGUGCUGGGAUGCGGGCGGUGCGGGGCUCAGGGCAGCCCCACCGCAGCCCCGGAGGAGCCCCGCCGGCCCGCCGGCAGCCCAAGGUAGGCUCGCUCUUUGUUUGAGGAUCCCGGCUUCGGCGACAGACGGAGGCAGCUGGAGAGAGCAGGGCUGCCUGUAGGCACGAGAAGAGAGGCGAUGCCGCAGCCAGACUGCCUCAGCCCUUCUCGGUGGCAAUGAGAGAGCCGGUGCCGUUCCUGCUGCAAGAAGCCAUUUGGAUCGCGUGGUUUCUACUCCUCGCAUUCCGCCCUUUUUGUCUCCACAGAACACAUUCAAAUGAGGCACCUUAGAAACCUCUGUGUUAGUGCAUGUGAUGGUGCUGUGAUCUUCUGUGUUGUAAAGUGGGUAAAACCCAUCCAGAUUGUUCUCUGCUGGACCUCAAAGCAGGGUGUUGUUGAUACCCUCCCGUUCUCUGCACCCUCUCCUCUCUGAAUGUGGAUUUAAAGCAGCAAGCACCUAUCUUCCCGAGCAUCGCAUGUUUGAAGAGCCAAACUUUCCAUGCUGUUCUCAUCGUGUGGUAAGAAGAUCUGUAACCUAACACACUGACUUAGAGCGGUGAUGUCGCAUUCUACAAUCUGGGCAGUUUUGCCAGCGAGAUUUAAUGCACUUUAGCUGAAGAAAAGAACUGAACCUAACUGCAAAUCCGUUCGUGGUGCUGAAAUAUCCCUUCCGACUGCACUGAGAUAACCACAGGAAAGGGCUUUUACAGGCAGAAGUCACCUUUGAUUAUUGCACUUAGCAGUUCCCCGUGGACUUAAAUCUUGGGAACGUUGCUUUCCUUCGUUCAUUAUCUCCUGCAAGAUGAUGAGUUCUAAUCAGGAGGAGGUCACUUUGGGCGCUUUUCUCCAGUACAUUGAAGACAUGGGGAUGAAGGCCUAUGAUGCCUUGGUUAUACAGAAUGCAUCAGACAUUGCUCGAGAGAAUGACCGCAUGAGGAACGAAACAAACCUGGCUUACUUGAAGGAGAAGAGCGAAAAGCGGCGGAAACAGGAAGAAGCAAUAAAACGCAUAGGUGGAGAAGUAGUGAGAGGCAAUGAAGGAAGCUACGUGGGGAAACAUUUCCGCAUGGGAUUUAUGACAAUGCCUGCUCCUCAGGACAGACUGCCACAUCCUUGCUCCAGUGGCUUUACCGUGAGGUCCCAGUCUCUUCAUUCUGUUGGAGGAACCGAUGAUGAAAGCAGCAGCUCUCGAAAGCAGCCACCUCCAAAACCCAAGCGAGACCCCAACACCAAGCUGAGCACCUCCUCUGAAACAGUCAACACUGGAACAACAAGUAAAAGUGGGAAACUACCGGACAGGACUGAAGUGUCAGCCAAACCAAGACCUCACAGUGAUGAGUACACAAAGAAGAUUCCACCACCUAAGCCGAAAAGAAAUCCCAACACUCAGCUAAGCACAUCUUUUGACGAGACCUACAUCAAAAAGCAUGGCCCCAUGAAGACAAUGCUCACCAGGGAUGCCUCUUUGUCACAGGUCAGCAGUCCUGCCCCAGAUGCAGAGGAAGAGGAGCCUGUUUAUAUCGAAAUGGUUGGGAAUAUUCUCAGAGACUUCAAAAAAGAGGAGGAUGACCAAAGUGAAGCAGUCUACGAGGAGAUGAAAUACCCUAUAUUUGAUGACGUAGGCCAAGAGCCCAAGUGUCAGUGUGAAUACGACCAUCACACUUGUUCUUCUCAGUGUGCUACUCCCACAGUGCCUGACCUGGAUUUCACCAAGUCUUCAGUGCCAUCUACUCCCAAGGGCUUGCUUUGUGACAUACCCCCACCAUUUCCAAACCUGCUUUCUCACAGACCUCCACUGCUGGUGUUCCCACCGGCACCAGUACAGUGUUCCCCAAAUUCUGACGAGUCUCCUCUGACUCCGCUGGAGGUCACCAAGCUUCCAGUGCUAGAAAAUGUGUCUUACAUCAAACAACAAGCUGGAGCUUCCCCAUCUUCACUGCCACCUCAUACACCAGGCCAUCAAAAGCUGGAGAAAGACCAGACAGUUUCUCAUGGAACUAGCACCCCUGGGCACACCUCUUCACCUCCUCAUCCUGCUACCCUAUACAGAACACAGUCUCCACAUGGUUAUCCUAAAAGUCACUCUGCCUCACCUUCUCCUGUCAGUAUGGGUAGGUCUCUUACCCCUUUAAGCCUCAAAAGACCUCCACCUUAUGACUCUGUACAUUCAGGAAGUCUCUCAAGAAGCUCUCCAUCAGUGCCUCAUUCUACAGCCAGGAACACAUUGCAAGAAGGAGGAAAGAUGGUAAAUGUCUCAGUCGGUACCUAUGGGUCAUCAUCUCAGAGUGGUUCCCGUUCUCGGACACCCACCAGUCCUCUGGAGGAACUAACCAGCCUCUUCACCUCAGGACGAAGUCUCCUGAGGAAGUCCUCCAGUGGCAGAAGAUCUAAGGAACCUGCAGAAAAACCACUAGAUGAGCUGAAGAUCAGAAGUCACAGCACUGAACCACUACCAAAGCUGGAAAACAAAGAGAGGGGAGGCCAUCAUGGGACAGCUUCCUCCAGGGAGCCAGGGAAAGCUCAGGAAUGGGAUGGAACGCCAGGCCCACCAGUGGUGUCCAGCAGGCUGGGGAGAUCCUCUGUCAGUCCAACCAUGCUGGCCGGAAGCAACAGCUCAGAACCUAAAGCGAGCUGCAGAUUAGGCCGGUCUGCCUCCACAUCAGGUGUGCCUCCUCCAUCCGUCACUCCGCUCAGGCAAGGCAGCGAUCUCCAGCCCAGCCAGGUGACAUGUAUGCAGUGGUUGCAAGGGGACCACACCAUGCUGGAUAUGAUUGAGAAGAAACGUUGCCUCUGCAAAGAAAUAAAAGCUCGUCAGAAGUCAGAGAAGGGACUCUGCAAACAGGACAGCAUGCCUAUUUUGCCCAGUUGGAAGAAGAACACUGGGACCAAGAAAUACAGCCCUCCUCCUUAUUCCAAACAGCAGACUGUUUUCUGGGACACUGCCAUUUGACAGGCAUGUGGAGGAUGUCCUCUCCACUGUGGUGCACCGUGCACAGAAAGAAAAUGGCAGAAGAAAAACUCCAGAGAUCUCACAAAGUUCCAGAGUCUGCUGGAAAGAAGAUGGCUUGUUGGUUGUGAGAAAUCUGUUGAGAUAACACGUUCAUUGUUCAGAAAGUGUUCAUGCUUUGUCUUCCUUGUUACAUGGCAAGAGAAGAGGUUUUCAUAGUGCAAAACACUUAGCUCAGCCGUUUCCCCCAACUGCACCAAGUCUCUGGUAAUAAAAUGAGAGCCAGCUCAGUCAGUCUUGAUGCUCCUUCCCCACACUGGUCUCUUCCUGGGCUGGUUCCACGAACAACAUGCUACUGACGCAUCGACCUUGAGGUCCAGACCUGGGGGUACACAUGGGCUCUGCAGUGCCAGGCCCUUUGGGGGAAGGCAAACAUUAAUGCUAACAGUGAUAUGUUUAACAGUGUUUGUUCAUCUCGUGUCCUCUUCAUAUCGAUACGUAAUAGGAAUAAUGAUCAGGGAAUUGAAGCAUACUUGUCCUAAGCAGACUUGCUGUAUACUUAGCCCACCCUAACACCGCUCCUUCCUUUGGUUCUAUUGCUCGGCACUGUUUGCGUUGUCCUUCCUAGAGAGCUACCCAUGUGCUUCCAGACCUCCAUUGUAUCCCAUGGAAACAAUGGCUUUUUGUUUGAAACUGCAACAGUACACUAAGAAGUAAAAUAUAACUUAGCACUUAACCUUCGAAGCACUUUAGAAAUGUGAACUAAACCUCACGCUCACGAGAACUGUUUUGCAGAGGAGGGAAGCAAGGCUCAGGUGGAGUCAUUUCCAAGGUCAUGGGCAGAGCCAGAGCAGGCCACAGGCCACUGUCCCCUCCCGUGACCGCCGGCCCACCCCAUCGCGCUGCCCAGAGCGUGCCAGCGUCAGACGUUCCCUACAUCGCCUCUCGUCUCAGCAGUCUCUGCGUCACAGGGUCAAUGACAGUGCUUAGUUACACACGGUCAUUAAAGCUGUAGUCUGUAUAAAUAUGCAAUCUGUAUAUACAUACAGAUCACAUAUAUACACACACUUGCAAAGACUGUAUAUAUGGAAUUGUUUGGUAUGCACUUACUUUGCUUUAAACUCCUGAAGUUGAACAUUAUAGUGUAGCAAUUCGUGUCAAGUGCACUGUGAUUCCAAGAAAGCACAGUAAAAGUCACAGGUCUUGUUAUUCUUGCACUAAAAAUGUGUUUACGUAUAUUAGCCAAUGUAUGUCUACUUUAUUGCUCCUUUUGAUGCAGCAAAUGGUAUCAAAUGGUUAUGGGACUCUUUUUCUCUUUGGUUGGUCGUUUGGUUGGGUUGUUUUGUUUUCAAGUGGGCAACAGCACUAUGUUUUUAAAUGACAGGGUUUUUAAACUGAAAGGAAACCAUUCUGUGUUCAUUCCGAUGUAAUGCAUUGACCAAUAUCUUGAAACUGAAUGUCAUGUUGCUUUUCUUUCCUAAGUCAUUAGAACUUGUCAGGUAUGUGCCUGAGAUUGUGUAGGAGUAAGGAGUAGCUAGAGGCUAACUGUAAUCAUAUAUUCUUAGCCGUUUCUAUAUACACAGUAUAAAUACAUAUUCAUUUGCUUUUUGGGUUUUUUUUGUACUUGAUUUUUUUAGGUAAGAUGUAAUUAAACGUACUUUGAUACUUCUGAAGUAAUAAGAUGUUGUUUGGAGAUCAAUUCUGCUUUCUUUAGUGCAUUGACGAUAUUUUACAAUCAUUUAGUGCUUAUUUAUUUGUGCUCCGGUGUAAUUAUAAUAAAAAGCAAUAGUUUAAAA